AUGAGGUGUCAAGUAUUGACGACAUUUAAAUUGAUAGAGGUGGUCAGCAGACCUCGAAUCAAAAAAUCCGAUCACAGUCCAUUAGUUAAGAUCAUUGAGUUCUCUAACCACUUAAUUCUUUUUCGCAUCCCAAAGCUCUUGCCCGGUGUGCAUGUAGCUAUAGCAAAUCCCGAUACUCUCGGUCAAUGUGCUGAUUCGCAUCUGGGCGAAAUCUGGGUCUCCUCUCCACACAACUCCACUCGUCUCCUUGGCCCUUUCAACAUCAAUUCCAUAGUGCCCAUUCAUGCCGCAUCCACUGUACGAUCAGACCUCUCCAGCAAUACAAGCUCUUCUGCUGCGGGUGGAGGUGGAGUUGCAUAUGAAAACGCCCCGAGUGAUCCUCUGCGAGCCCGGUUUGUUGCUGGAGAUACUGAUCGUGUCUACGCUCGUACUGGAUUUCUUGGAUUUGUCCGAAGAACAGAGCUUACACAAUCUGAUGGAGAUCUUCAUGACGCCGUUUUUGUGGUCGGUAGCUUAGCUGAAAGCAUGAUGCUUCGAGGAAUGAGGUUUUAUCCCAUGGAUAUUGAGAAUACCGUGCUACGCUCCCAUAGGAAUAUUAACGAAUGUGCUGUCUUCACAUGGUCUGAUCUACUUGUCGUAGUAGUGGAACUACUUGGAGAGGAAUCCGAAGCAUUAGACUUGGUUCAUCCAAUCACCGCGAGUGUCCUUCGGGAACAUCAGCUUAUUGUCGGUGUUGUAGUUGUAGUCGAUCGGGACACAGUGCGAGUGGACUUCUACGGCGAGAAACAGCGAAUCCUCCUUCGAGACAACUUUGUCAGUGAUGAGUUAGAUCCUAUCUACGUCUCAUACAACAUGUGA